AUUCGAUGUGUCGCAGGGUUCACUCGGUGGCACGGAGCUGCUUGAGGAAUUGCUGCCAGGCAGAAUAAGCGAGGGGAAGAAAGCGGACUACCUGAACCAGUGGCAGACCAUGGACGGCUCCAGGUCCGGCGGCAAUGACAAGUGGAGCAUUCAGGAAAUUACUAUGGCUGUGCGGCAGCCUCCGGGAGUCAACGGUCCUGGGG